UUCUUCAACUCAUCCUUGCAUAUAGGAGUCAGUCGGCUGUGGACUUGCAGGAGGAGUAUCAAUAAUCCCCUCAUGUGGAGCUUGAAAUUUACCCUCCUUACUGACGCGAGGGAUUUCUCUUCGCUACUGUGGCGUGGAAAAGCAGAAUUAACACUUCCUGGUUGCACACAGUAAGAGCUUUGUGGACCGUGCCAGCACCUGGAGGACAAAGCUGUUUGAAGAUUCAGUGACAAAAUGCCAGAAAAAUUGAAGUACUGCAGCCUCUGAAUCAUGGGAAAUGUUGAGAGCCAGAAUGGGGAUGAUGCCCUCUACGGAAAUGGACGUGGUUAUCUGUCACGGAAGCACAUGUCUCGGUCUCUACGCAUCUCCAACAAGCAGUCCAGACGCUGUCGCCAUGCCUCAUCUGGGAAAAUAGAGCACAGAAACUCCGAGACGAGCACACGCUCAAGUAGCACCCCGAGCAUCCCUCAGUCCCUGGCUGACAAUGGACUGGAACCCUUCAACGAGACAAGUAUCCUCCCGGACUUUGGAAGUCCCAUCUGGGUAGACCGUGUGGCCAUGAAUCUACGGCCCGUGUCCUUCCACAAUGACCUGGCCAAUCCUUCAGUGCACAUGAAUACGAUGCACAUAGCCCUACCUGGACCCACGGCAGAGGAGGUGCAGGACGAAGACAUGUACACAGGGGAGGUGAAAUACCUCCAGAAAACUCGGGACUGCUCCAAGGAGACGGUCAGCUUCAAGAAAAGGUCUAAAUCUGCAGAUAUGUGGCGAGACGACAGCCUGGAAUUCUCCCUGUCUGAUGUGAGUCAGGAUCACUUGACCAGCACAGAGGAAAUCAUAGACAUGGCAAAUGAGAGAGACUUCACUGACUGCGAAGGCCACCUGCAGCCCAGCCCCACAGACUCUGCUGACAGGGCAAACUCCCUGGAUGAGCUGUACAGCCAGACAAGUCCUGCCCGCAGGCAACCCCAUGGCCGCUACUCCAAGUGGCAUGACACCAACAGGGCUUUGAGGGAGGGUGAGGAUGAUAAGAUGCUCUCUCCAUCGGAGGAGGAUGGGAACACCUAUGGGGCAUACACCCUUCCCUGCCGGCGUUCCCACUGCCUGUCUGAAGGCCUGAGCAGCCACAAAGCCACAAUGUGUGCCAGCAUGCAGGGCAGGAGGGCUCAGACUAUACAGGAUGUCACAGCCGGGGAGGGCAGCGAGUACGAAGACAGCGGCAUCGACGGGGUGACGGCGGAGGCGGAACACCAGUCUCGACGCUACAAGACCAUGUCGGCCUCCUUCUCCGUGUACUCGGUGCACGGAAGGAACAUGUUCGCCGGAAGCGACAGCGGCAGCAGCAGCGGCGGCGGCGCCAGCGAGUGCGUCCAGGGCGUGUACGAGAACUUUCGUCAGGAGCUGGAGAUGAGCUCCUGCCAGACAGAGAGUCUGGAGGAGGCGGGGUCCGCCCUGAGUGACGAGCAGAGCACCAUGAGCUCCGCCUACCAGUCGGACCUCUUGCUCAGCGUGGUCCAGGGGAUGGUGCGCAAAGCCGGCAAACUUGCCGUCAAGAACUUCCUGGUGCACAAGAAGAACAAGAAAGUGGAAUCGGCUACAAGGCGCAAGUGGAAGAGUUACUGGGUUUCCCUGAAAGGUUGCACCCUGUUCUUCUAUGAGACAGAUGGCCGCUCAGGGAUUGACAACAACAGUAUUCCCAAGCAUGCCAUCUGGGUAGAGAACAGUAUCGUCCAGGCUGUACCAGAGCAUCCAAAAAAGGACUUUGUGUUCUGUCUCAGCAAUUCCCUGGGAGAUGCCUUUCUGUUCCAGACCUGCAGCCAGACUGAGCUGGAGAACUGGAUCACGGCCAUCCACUCGGCAUGUGCCACGGCCGUCGCCCGCCUGCAUCACAGAGAGGACACAGUUCGGCUGCUUCGUGCCGAGAUCAAGAAGCUGGAGCAGAAGAUCGACAUGGACGAGAAGAUGAAGAAGAUGGGAGACAUGCAACUGUCCGCCGUCACCGACACCAAGAAGAGGAAGACGAUCCUGGAUCAAAUUUUCCUUUGGGAGCAGAACCUGGAGCAGUUUCACAUGGAUCUGUUUCGUUUCCGGUGCUACCUGGCCAGCCUGCAAGGAGGAGAGCUGCCCAACCCCAAACGCCUCCUAGCGUUCGCUUCUCGCCCCACCAAGCUGGCAAUGGGCCGACUGGGUAUAUUCUCAGUGUCUUCGUUCCAUGCUCUGGUGGCAGCUCGCACGGAGACCGGAGUGAGGCGCCGAACGCAGGCCAUGUCUCGUUCCUGCAGCAAGCGAAAGAGCAGGUUCUCUUCCCUGUGGGGUCUGGACACUACCUCAAAGAAAAAGACAAAAGCCCACCCAACUGUCAGCCAGGUCUUUGCUGAUGGUGAAGAAUCUGUGAAAAAGCCCGUCGAUGGCAUUUAUGUUAACGCUGCAAAGGAAAACACAAAAAGCGAGGAGGGCACCGUGAAGAGCCUUCCACGGCCGAGCACAGACAGCGACAUCUGGGUCCCCGACCACCUGACUCCCUCCUGGGUGUGUCUGCCAAAUGACCAGCCUGUCCUAACCAUCAUCCAGCCAGGGGAGUCUGCACUGUGUGUUCUCGAAACCAUCUGCAAGGCUCAUCACAUUGACCCCACCAAACACUACUUGCGACUCAAAUUCCUUAUCGAAAACCAAGUGCAAUACUACAUUCCCAAACCAGAGGAAGACAUAUGCGACUUGCUUUACAAAGAAAUUGAGCUCUGCUCCAAAAUCACAAAAGUAAUCCAGUUUGACAGAGAUGAAUCAUGCAUGAUUGGUUACGGCUUUUCCAUUUCAGUGGUGGAGGAGGACGGAGUACAGCAGCUCUACAUCACUGAUGUGAAGGCAGGGGGAUUAGCCUUCGCUAAAGGUCUGAAUGCAGGGGAUGAAAUACUACAGCUGAACGGAAAGGACUCGCACAGUCUCAAUUUCUCAGACAUGAAGGCGGCGUUCUCUCAAGCCUCGCUGGCUCUGACGGUCAACACGCUGCCCUCUGUUGAACGACGCCAGCUCUGCUUCCUGCCGCCGCGGCGCUCGGACGCAGAGGAAGAUCUUUACACCGACAUCUUCUCCCAGAGUCAAGAGGAAAUCCUUGACGAUGGGGUGGGACUGUUUCUGGAGAGCUCAGGAGACAGCCUGGACGACGAUUCCGAGGCCUUCAGCGAAUUUGACGAGUGCAGAAAGAGUACGGAGCAGGUCGCCGCUUUCUGCCGCAGUCUCCAUGAUAUGAAUCCCUUGGAGUGUGUGUCCUCUUCGCCGAGCCCGGACUCCCCCUUUCCGCCUCCCGCGACUCCCCGACAGCUCUCCGACGCCGACAAGCUCCGCAAAGUCAUCUGUGAACUCGUGGAGACCGAACGCACCUAUGUCAAAGAUCUUAAUUGUCUCAUUGGAAGAUACUUAACCCCGCUGCAGAAAGAGACCUUCCUCACUCAGGAUGAGCUGGACGUACUCUUUGGAAACUUGCCAGAAAUGGUGGAGUUCCAAGUUGAGUUUCUCAAGACCCUUGAAGAUGGGACCAGACUGGUUCCAGAUCUGGAGAAGCUGGAGAGAGUGGAUCAGUUUAAGAAAAUCCUCUUCUCGCUGGGAGGUUCUUUCUUGUACUAUGCAGACCGUUUUAAAAUCUACAGCGCUUUCUGUGCCAGCCACACCAAAGUCCCUAAGGUCCUCGUAAAGGCCAAAACUGACGCUGAUUUCAAAGCCUUCCUGGAUGAGCGGAACCCCAAGCAACAGCACUCUUCAACCUUGGAAUCGUACCUGAUCAAGCCCAUACAGAGGGUGCUCAAGUAUCCCCUCCUCCUGAAGGAGCUCUACUCUCUGACGGACCCAGACAGCGAGGAACACUACCACCUAGACGUUGCCAUGAAAGCCAUGAACAAGGUUGCCAGCCACAUCAACGAGAUGCAGAAGAUCCACGAGGAGUUUGGAGCAGUGUUUGAUCAGCUCAUCACCGAGCAGAGCAGUGAAAAGAAAGAGGUUGCUGAUCUUUCAAUGGGUGACCUGCUGCUCCACAACAGCGUGACUUGGAUCAACCCGCCUGCCUCUUUGGGAAAAUGGAAGAAAGAACCCCAGUUGGCGACAUUUGUGUUCAAAACAGCAGUGGUCUUUGUGUGCAAGGAGGGGUCCAAACAGAAGAAGAAAAUGGGUGGCUCCCACCGAGUCUCUGUAUCUUCAGAAGAAAAAGACCCCUUCCGGUUCCGUCACAUGAUUCCAACCGAUGCCCUUCAAGUCAGAUCUUUGGCUAAUGCAGAUGGCGAGUGCUCUGCUGUGUGUGAAAUUGUCCACACAAAGUCAGAGUCAGAGGGCAGGCCAGAGAGGACGUUUCACCUGUGCUGUAGCUCUCCAGAGAGCAGAAAAGAUUUUCUGAAGACGGUCCACUCCAUCCUGAGGGAGAAGCACCGCCGGCAGCUCCUCAAAACUGAGAGUUUACCCCUCAACCAGCAGUAUGUGCCCUUUGGAGGAAAAAGACUCUGUGCCCUGAAGGGAGCCCGCCCCGCCAUAAAUAGAGCAGCAUCUGCCCCAACUAGGACUCUAGGCAGGAGGAAGCUGGUUCGCAACCGUUUCACCAUAGACACCGACAUCGUUUUUGACGGCGAGCCGGAGCAGCAGGACCUCUCUUCACCACAGGAGCCCGAUGCGAAACGGCCACAACAAGAGCACGAGCCAGACCAACAGCAUCAGCCCGAGUUAGCGGGCGACACAGACCGCUGGGUGGAGGAGCAAUUCGACCUGGAAGAAUACGAAGACCAGGAAGAGAUGAAGGAGACGGACAUCCUCAGCGACGACGACGACGAGUUCUGCCCGACGCCGAGGGCUCCGUCCGCCGAGACCGACCUGGAGGCCCCCAUCAUGGCUCUGUCCCUGGAGGGCGCAGAAACGGAGGAGAGCGAAAGCUUCAAGUCCCCGACGGUCGGCGAGACACCUGACGAUGCGAAACUGUCCGACACGGAGCCGCGGGACGCCACAGGUGAUCGGAAUCAAGCGGAGAAGGACGAGGUCUGGAUACGAAGAGAGCGAUCCAGCCCGUCCCCAGACUGCGCCACAUAAAAGCGCACACCUUAGGCGACUUUACGUCGGCUCCAUACAGAUAAGUUAUCACAAACAAUGCAUGAGCAUUGAUGUAUCAUCGCACAGCUCGUAGAAGAUGUAUCCUUCUUUACCUUACUUAUGCUGAAUGCUUUUUUGUACAGGCAAGAUCCAUUAGUGGAGCAAUACAAGAAUCCAGAAUAAGGGAGCUUUAUCCCAAAUCAAAUGCUGUUACAUAAAAGUCAAGUGUAAGCUUUGAGAGAUGGUACAAUCAUGGAGUCUAAUCAGUUACGCUGAUUGGAACAGUUUGCACAUUCGGGGCGGCGCUCUAUAGUCCUGCCUGCUGUUGCCAAAUUUGGGUAUUGUGAGAGCAUCAACUUUUGUUUUGUCUGCGUGACCCAGAGAUAUUAUCAUAGUAAAAGGGCUGUAUAUUAUUUGUCCUUGAAAAAUAGAAUAAUGAAUUGCAAAGGACAGUCUUGUCUCGCAUAGUUUACUGUACAUUUUUCACAUGAAUAUACACUGACAUGUUUUGGGAGCAGAUUUCCUUAUUAGGUGUAAUGUAUCAUUUUAAGCUCUUGUUUUACAGACAUAGCCGUUAGCCUGGAAGAUGUUUUGGUGGUUCUCUCGUUACAUUUAACAGCAGAAUUAUGAAAUAGCCCCACCCCACCCCCCCACCAACCCGCAUCGUGUCACAGAGGAGAGGGGAUUUUAAUUUAAUUUAACACGAUCCUGUUUUACUUGAAUUUGUAUUUGCUGUUUCAUGUGUCUUUGUUUACUGUGAAACGUUGAGUUUUUACAUUUUUUGCUCUUCAGUAUUGUUGCCACGUUCAUUCCUGACACUUCCCAUGCGCACUCUGUAUUGUAGACAAUUUACACAUCAGCUUCUCGUGUGUUCAAAAAACAAAAACAAAAAGAAAACAAAAGAUUGUUCACCGUUAAUGGAUUUCAAAGCAAUGUUUUUAUUUAUUCCUAUGUAGAGUUACUUUGUUAGCAACCACCUACAAGAGUAAACAUAUUUUUCACUAAGAGAGUCCAAAUUUGCUAAGGCAAUCAAGGGGAAAGACUUCCAGUACGCCUGAACAUGUAGAGAAAGUCAUACUUGUAAACAACUCAUUGUGCUACUAAGACUGCAUUUUUAUUACUGUGUGUAUAUAGAAAAUGUAUUGAUAUCAUAAUAAAUACAGUUGUUUCCUACUUAUAAUUCCAAA